AUGCAGCGAUCUUACUAUGAAGACAUUGUUGCUCUGCUUAAAAAGCGUCUAGGUGCUUCCAGUGUAAUCAUCUUCAAUCAUAUAUUUCGUUUCCGUGGAUCGCCGCUUACUCCAUAUCAGUGCGAUUCGACUCACAAAAAUCCUGGUCUGGACGCACACGUGGAUAUUGAUCCAUCUGGAGUUCCUUGGAAAGUAGAACAACUACUCGGUGAAGAAGAGGCUAAAAAAGCUAUGCAUCAUCGUUUUCAGAUGAUCAAUAUCUGGCGACCAAUAGGACCCAAUCCUGUAAUGAACAUACCGUUGGCGCUCUGUGACUAUCGUUCAGUUGACGUCGACAAGGAUAUUCAUGUAGUACAGCAUCGAGGAACUCCAAAUAGUCUCUCGGGCUAUGCGAUGUCGCACAAUGCUCAAGGUGCUCAAAAGUGGUACUAUCUGAGUCAAAUGCGAUCAGAUGAAAUGUUUGUUUUCAAAAUAUUUGAUAGCAAACCCGAUGUUGCUCAAUUUGGUGCUCACGCGGCCUUUAUUAACAAGAAUGUGCCUCCAACGAAUGUCGAACAGCAAAGCAUUGAAGUGCGUUGUUUAGUUUUUUAUGACCAAUAA